GUUUUUCUUUUUAAGCCAUUUUCACUCGAAGAGUUUGAUAAGGCGCGCGAGGAGAUGGCAGCGAGGAGUAGACCACGUGACCAGAAGGAUAAAAACAUUCUUCGUUUCCUUCCUCGUGAAGGCAAACCAGACAAGAAGACAGAGCAUUGCAAAAUAUGUCUGGACGACGUUGAUUCCGACCUAAUGUUUUACGUUGAAAGAUGCGGUCAUCGGUUCUGCGUUGACUGCGUCAAACAACACAUAGAGGUGAAGCUGGCUGAUCGUAAGAUACCAGACUGUCCUCAUCACAGAUGCAUCUUCCAUCUCUCUAUCGACAGAUGCGGCGAUCUUUUGUCGUACAAGGAAAGCUUGGUGUGGAUGCAGAGGAUUAGAGAGAACUCGAUUCCUUUGGCGCAGAGAGUUUAUUGUCCGUACGAGAGUUGCUCUCAUGUGAUGUCCACGGCCGAACUUUCUACAUGUGGAUCAUCAUCAUCCACUGGACUUAGGAGAUGCUUUAAAUGCCGUGGGGAGUUCUGUCUCCACUGCAGAGUUCCGUGGCAUGGUAGGCUAUCGUGCAACGACUACAGGAGGUUGUAUCCUCAUCGUUUUCAAGAAAUUAGUGAUGUUGCGAAGCUGAGAUCUUUGGCGAAUGUUAAUGGGUGGCGUCAAUGUCCCACGUGUUAUCACAUGGUUGCACGGUCUUACGGAUGCAACCGCAUAACUUGCAGGUGUGGGAAUGCAUUUUGCUACCAGUGCGGUUACUUAUGGGACGGAGGGUUCCAUGGAGAUUGCAACCAAGAUUUCAUGUGGGCGUUUUCUCCUAUAUUAGUCUUUGUUUCUCUUGUACUACUACUAGGUUUCGUUUUACACCACCUCACUAAAUAGGAAGACUUGUUGUAUGAAACUUGCGAGCAGCACUCCCGCAAACAACUCGGACAAAGAUUUGGACAGUGUGUGAUGAAAAUUAAUCUCGUUUCUUCAA